UCGUCACUUUCUUGCGCCCGAUAUCUGUAUAUAUACUGGCUGGAUCGGCGAUAUGCUGAUAAUUCUGCUGCAAUUCACGCAUGAGGGGAAUGUGAUACCGUUUUAUAUCAUUCGCGGUUGUAAUGGCUGAAACAUGGUUUUAUCCCACAGUUUUGUUGUGCGUAUAUGGAUUUUUCUCGAAUCUCAGACCAUCAGAGCCUUUUCUCACCGCCUUCCUCAUGGGACCUGACAAAAACCUGACUGAGCGAGAGGUUGUGAAUGAGAUCUAUCCACUAUGGACAUAUUCCUACCUGAUCUUACUGUUUCCUGUUUUCCUGGCUACGGAUUACCUCCGUUACAAGCCUGUGCUCAUCCUGCAGGCUGCCAGCUACAUCAUCACUUACGCGAUGCUGGUGAAAGCCCAGGGUGUGCUGGCCAUGCAGUUUCUGGAGUUUUUCUUUGGAGUGGCGACAGCCACUGAGAUUGCUUACUAUUCCUACAUCUACAGUGUGGUUGAGCCAGCCAGUUACCAGAAAGUGACUGGUUUCUGCCGUAGUGUCACUCUGCUGGGAUUAGCUACAGGAUCACUCAUUGGACAGAUACUGGUGUCACUGGCCCAAUUUUCAUUGCUUAACCUCAGCAUCAUCACACUGUCCUCGUCCUGCUUGGCAUUCCUGGCACCGUGUUUUUUGCCCAUGCCCAGCAAAAGCCUGUUUUUCCACCAAAGAGAGAGGGUGCUUCAGGACAACAUGGCACAGGAGCUGGCUGACAAGUCAGAGGACUAUGAGUGCAAAGUCCCACUUGGCGUGAGCAAUGGCACCAUGCUUUCCGAAGAAAAACUUGGUGGCGCUGGAGGUCUGGUGGAGGUCUUGAAGACUCUUGGAGCAGAUUUUGUGAAGUGUUAUUCAUGCCGCACUCUUCUGGCCUGGUCCGUGUGGUGGGCUCUGUCUACCUGUGGCUAUUUUCAAGUGGUCAAUUAUGCCCAGGCCCUGUGGGAGAAGAUACUGCCUUCAAAAGAUUUUGAGAUCUACAAUGGUUAUGUAGAGACAAUAUCUACUUUGCUUGGUGCCUUUGCUGCUUUCACUGUUGGAUUUAUUAAGGUGUCAUGGGCAUUGUGGGGUGAACUUGCACUCUGCAUUUUCUCCAUUGUCAUUGCUGUGGCUGUGUAUGUCAUGGACACAGUCAGGAAUAUCUGGGUGUGCUACGCUUCUUACGUGAUCUUCCGAGCCACCUACAUGUUGCUCAUCACUAUAGCAACGUACCAAAUUGCAGCCAAUCUAAGUAUGAAAAGAUAUGCCUUAGUGUUUGGCAUGAACACGUUCGUGGCAUUGUUGCUGCAAACGCUGCUUACUGUGGUUGUGGUCGACUCUGCCGGCUUGGGCCUUGAUAUUUUUCCCCAGUUCCUGAUCUAUGGUUGUUACUUUGCUGCAAUCGCAGUGAUCUUCCUCAUAGCUGGGUUACAUAAAGUGGCUACACACAGGAGUGCUGAUGCUGCUGGAGUACAAACUGAGAGUGCAGAGAAUGAAACCGACUCAUCUGGUGGAGAGACUCCCAUCCCCAAAAAGAGCUGUAUCAUUUAAGUAUUUUGAGCACUUUUCAUUCACACUGUUAUUUAUUAAAGUGAUUUAUGUAUGUAUGUAUUUAUUAUUAUUAUUAUUAUUAUUAUUAUUAUUAUUAUUGUCUGCUGAGUGUGUGCUCUAACCCAGAACUAGACGCUUCCAUUUAGUUUCCAUUGAGUAUGGAACAGAACUUGGUGCUGUGUGUAGUUUCACAGCAAUAAAAAGGCAAACACCUGUAUGGUUAUUGGUUGUAGUUGAAAGAGCGAAAGAACAAAACCACAAAGAAAUGGGACCAGAAAACUAUACCAUGAAUAUAUACGUAUUAUACAUGUAUAUGAAUAUACAUGUUACAUGAAUAUACAUUAUCUUCUUUAUGCACACUACUGUAGGUACAUUUAAUGCUGUGUAGAGGUUGCCAAACUGGGGUCUGGAUUUGGACCCAGUGAAGUAUUGAACAGACCCAACUGCAAAAAUACUGUAGCAGAGCUUUUACUGUAUAAAAGUUACCAUAGUUCAAUAGCUCCAGAUGUCUAAACAUGAUCCAUCUCAGCUUGUGUACCAGAGCCUCAAGGCCAAUUUAUGCUGACAACCCAGUCCUCGCAGAUAGCGUCGCAUACAGUGUCUGCGUAGCCCCCCCACUUUCGCAGACACUCUGCGCGCACCUCCCAAAAAUUGUGACCACCGCAGAAGCCUCGCAGACAGCGUCGCAGACAAGAGGGCUCUGAUUGGUUCACUCUACAUCCGCUGUACACGCACUUCCGCUUCCCUACUUUCCUGGUUUGGUUUGUUUUCACGACCGGCAUUUUUAAAAACACGAGCGAAGAUGGAGCAGCAUGAAGAGCGGUUGAUUGAGGAAGUACGUACAUCUAUACGACUCCAGUUCUAGUCAUUAUAAAAAAAAAAAAGUUCUAGUCAUUAUAAGUGACCGGAGGAUAAACACUCCACUAACCACACCCACCAACUACUCCUAGCGACUUCGCGCCCCCUUGCGUUGUGCCGGUGAAUAACAUCGCGCACGCCUAUUACUCCCCGCUCAACGAUAAAUUACAACUGUCUGCGAAAAGCUAUCUGCGAAAGCCUUGUCGCAAGAGCAUGCAGAGGCCUUCAGUGGUUUGUUGUGGGGUGUUUUGGGGGGGUGUCCUCCCUCAUCCAAUCACAAGCAUUUAUAUAAAAUAUUUAGCUGAAGACAGCUCAUCAAAGCACAGACUACCAGUAUAGCGAUAUGAGGGAGUUUCCAUCUCAUCUCAUUAUCUCUAGCCGCUUUAUCCUGUUCUACAGGGUCGCAGGCAAGCUGGAGCCUAUCCCAGCUGACUACGGGUGAAAGGCGGGGUACACCCUGGACAAAUCGUCAGGUCAUCACAGGGCUGACACAUAGGCCAAGUUUACAUUAGACCGUAUCUGUCUCGUUUUCUUUGCGGAUGCACUGUCCGUUUACAUUAAACCGCCUGGAAACGCCGGGAAACGGGAAUCCGCCAGGGUCCACGUAUUCAAUCCAGAUCGUGUCAGCUCCGGUGCUGUGUAAACAUUGAGAAUACGCGGAUACGCUGUGCUGAGCUCUAGCUGGCGUCGUCAUUGGACAACGUCACUGUGACAUCCACCUUCCUGAUUCGCUGGCGUUGGUCAUGUGACGCGACUGCUGAAAAACGGCGCGGACUUCCGCCUUGUAUCACCUUUCAUUAAAGAGUAUAAAAGUAUGAAAAUACUGCAAAUACUGAUCAUUGUGUAGUUAUGAUUGUCUUUAGGCUUGCCAUCCUUCCACUUGCAAGUGGUAAGUGAUAUGCGCUGGGAUCACACACACAGCGGCUCAGUCCCGAAUCACUGAUUGUGCACUACACUCGCGCGCUCUGUGAGCUGCGCAGGGCCGGAGUGCGCACCCUCCAGAGGGCACUCGCUGUUCAGGGCGGAGUGAUUUGGAGCGCAGGAUGCCAGCGGAGCCGAGCGUAUCCAUGUAUUGGUGUUGCUGUGUGCAGGCGAAUCGUGUAUUGGUGUUGCUGUGUGCACACUAAUCGUUUUAAAAACGUUAAUCUGAUGAUCCGCUGAUACGGUCUAAUGUAAACCCCACCAUAGACACAGACAACCAUUCACACCUACGAUCAAUUUAGAGUCGCCAGUUAACUUAACCUGCAUGUCUUUGGGGGAAACCGGAGCACCCAGAGGAAACCCACGCAGACAACAUGCAAACUCCACACAGAAAGGCCCUCGCCGGCCACGGGGCUCGAACCCUGACUUUCUUGCUGUGAGGCGACAGCGCUAACCACUACACCACCAUCCCACCCGGAGUUUUCAUAGAUAUUUUUUUUUCAUUCAUUUAACCUCUCUGGACUGAUAAGUGACAACAUGGCCUGUGCUUAAAAAAAGGAAAAUUAAGUUUCAUUAUGAAUGGGCAGAACCACUUCAAGCUUAAAAAUGACAUAACUCCUAUCUUCAAAUCCUGUGGUGCAAGUGAUAACAGAAGCACCAUUGUGAAACUCCACACAUUCAGAUUAUCUUAUACAGGAGGAUUAAAAAAUAUUAGCACUUGUAUGGCGAUACAACACUAACACUGUUUAUUGUGAAAAACUGAAGGACCUCCAGCCAUACUGCAACCUUGGUUUUAUACUCCAAACUCAAUCUGGUCACCAUUUCACCAAAAAAAAAAAACCUUUAGCAGUAGUGUUAGGAAAAGAAAAAGGUUGCCAGUAAGAGCUGAAUCACCCUGUAUGUAGCCAUGAAUUAACUAAUGGUGAAGCAUCAGAAGGUAAUCUGAUGUUAUUCAGUCAUUUUAGCUGCUUAUCCAGACCUUUUGUAAAGAAGGAAUUUCAUGAAACAACCUUCACAUAUAGUACUGUCCAAAAGUCUUGCAAAGGUACAUGCAAAGAAAUUCAGUAAAGCAAAGAUGCCUUCAUACAUAAUGAAAUUAAAAGUUUCUACUUAAAAACUGCUAUAAAGAGCAGUAGGUGAGAGCCGGGAAACUGGGGACAGUUUGUAUUCCAAUUAAUUAAUUUCAACCAAUCAGGUUUUAGAUUACAUCAGAAGUUAGAUGUUCUCCCAUAGAGUAACCUACUUCCUUUGGAGCUAUGAAGCCGGAUUAUGCAGUAAGGUCUGUGCAGUUAAAUAUUUUUGUCAAACAAAACUUGUAUUUUGUACUUCACAGUCCACCUCCAUUCUAUGGUGUACGCUGGUGAAUUCGGGAUUUGUUAUGAAUUAAAGUAUGUAGCCUGGAGUUUCUUAACAUUAAAUUCGGGGGGGGGGGGGGGGGGUUAAGAUGGGUUCCCCCUCCAAAAUGGCCAGACGGGGAGAGUUCAUGUUACAAUUUUUUUUCUUGUAGUUUAUAACUAUAAAAUUGUUCAAAAUGUGGGAGUGUACUUGCAUGAUUAAACUUGGUUCCAUUCUCAAGAAGGAAUUAAAUGUUUUGUCUAGUCAGGUUUGAGUAAACUGACAUUUUUCUACAGCUGUACAAGCAUUGUGGGUUCAUACAUUUCAUAUGUUACAAGUUCUGAUAAGAAAUAAAAUUAAACGUGUAGGCCUAGGUAUUUUAUUUUUGUUCCAUGUCUCCCAACUAUGUCCCAAGUCUCUCAACAUAAUGUCCCAUAUCUCCCCUCAAUGUCUCAUGUCCCCCUGCAAAAAAUAAUGACCAAAAAAGUGAAGCCAGUAUAUGUGACAAGUUCAGAAACUCAUGUUGUAGUAAGAGGGUCGAGUAAAUACUCUCUAAUGCAAUAUGAAUGUGAUACUACCUGCAAAGAAUUUCCCACAAUUUGCAAAAGCUGAAAACUUGUUCCAAAUCUCCCUGCUCUCCCCUACAUAUUAGUAAACUGACCAAAGACAGUAGUUGGUGUGGCAAGCCUUUGCUUAAGGGAGGGGAGGAAAGAAAAAAAACAACAACUUGGUAGUCUGAGUUUGUGCAGUUUUCUAAGAAACAGAGCUGGUAAGUUUUACUGAGACUUUGCUGGAGACUUUGUCCAACUUUCUUCUUUUAUUAUUUGCAUGCAAAACUCAGCAGGCUUCAUCAUGUGGGGUUUUAUUUUUUUUUCCUGAAAGCUAUAUGGCCUUUUGAUUUCAUAAAAUCGGUGAAAUUUAGUCAUUGUGAGAUGUUUAUUUCUGUAAUAUCUUAAAAAAAAAACCCAGGCCAUUCUGUGGCUGGAAAGUUAUGUAAUUUGAGGGGAUUCCCUAGCAAAUAAUGUGCAUGAAAUCGCUUGCUUCGCACAGGCAAGCAGACAGAGGAAGUCCGGUGUGCACAUGCGCAGGUUUAUCAUCUUUUGGGUUUUACGGCAGCUGGCAUCCACAGCCAUCUACAGGUUUACCUUGACCGUGCACUGACAAUCGUACCAUUGUGUCACUAAACAAUCAACUGAUCACACUGAGGUGCUCACUGACCGCCAAUAUCUAUUAGUUUGGUCCUGGAUUUCCUUUCCUUCACAGCAUAACAUCUUUUCUUCUCGUUUUCCAUUACUGUAGUAAGUCUUUCACGUUUCAUUCACGUCCUCCAUUUUUGUCUCCUGUUUCAAAUUUGUAUUCCACAAUGUCUUGCGCGAACAGGGAAAACCCACCACGUGAUGCAUGAUGUAGUAUCUUGAACUGGGUCAUGGUGAAGCAGGAAAAAUAGCAGAGAAUUUAGGGCCACAUGGCCCUAAAUUUAAUUAAUUGUUCCAUUUAAAAAAAUUUUUUAAAAACCUAAUAAAAUUGGAAGUCUCUGAUUUUGAAUUCAGUAGCUUUCGGUCUACUAAACAAAAAUAAUUGGGUGUCAGGGAAAAUUAUUUUUAUGACCUAAACUUGAAAAAUCUGAAGGGCAGUCUACCUUUUAAAAAAGGGGGUCUCUUGUGUAAAAUGCUACUUCUUUUUAUUGAAUGUUCUUUAUUCACAUUUGCAUAUUUUUUGUAACUUUUUUUGGGGGGGGCGGCAAUGUUUAGAAAUAUAAAAUGUUUUUGAUUUGGCUUAAUAAUGCAUAAUU